CCUUAUUACACUCAUAACCGAAGAUUUUUUAUGUGCACAUUGUCGCGGUCGAGUUCUUUCAAGGUAUCUCAUUUCCAUUUCUCUCCCUUUCACCACCCAAAAACAGUACCUAAUAACACAAACAACUAAACGCAAGAAAAUCCCAACUUGACCCACAAAUUGUUUCUCGUCACUACGCCCAAAAUCACUGGGAAACUAUUGUAACAUAUACAAGAUUCACUUUUCUUAUUAAGGGUUUGUCAAAUUUGACCGAUUUAUUUGAUUGAAAUAAAGAUCAUUUCCUUUAACUUUCUUUGGAGAAUUGGUGUUUAAUGGCUUGGAGACAGCUUCUUAGGCAGGUAAAACGACGGGAUCGAGAGCUUGCACAAUUGAGUACAGCCUGGUCUCGGUCCUAUUCGACUUUGCAACGGCUGCAUUAUGCUGGAGGCGAAAUGGCAGGAUCGUCUAGGCUUUAUUUGACUUUACAAAGACUGCUUGACAUUGGAGAAAGUAGGUUAGCUGGGUCUCACAAAAGAUUCCAGUCAAGCUAUGUUGGGAGCUUUAGUCGCCGAACAAGUGAUCCAGAAUCCAUAAUAAGAGCCUUUGAAAGCCAACCUGCUUUGCAUAAUAAUCAAGCAGCCAUUGCAGAGUAUGUGAAAGCACUUGUCAAGGUUGAUAGGUUGGAUGAAAGUGAGUUGCUCAGAACAUUGCAGAGAGGAAUUGCUGCCACUGGUGACCGUGCCUUUUCUGAGGAAGAAAGCAUGGGUGGACUUUCCGCUUUCCGCAAUGUGGGGAAAGCCACAAAAGAUGGAGUACUUGGAACUUCUAGUGCUCCAAUUCACAUGGUGGCUGCUGAAGGAGGACAUUUUAAAGAACAGCUGUGGCGUACAUUUCGUACUAUUGCACUGGCCUUUCUCCUAAUUUCAGGAAUUGGAGCACUGAUUGAAGACAGAGGAAUUAGCAAAGGUUUGGGUCUGAAUGAAGAGGUGCAGCCUAGUAUGGAGUCUAACACAAAAUUCAAUGACGUCAAAGGUGUUGAUGAAGCAAAAGCCGAGCUAGAAGAAAUAGUUCACUAUCUUCGAGAUCCCAAGCGGUUCACUCGUUUGGGUGGUAAACUCCCCAAAGGUGUUUUGCUUGUUGGUCCUCCCGGUACGGGAAAAACUAUGCUCGCCAGAGCCAUUGCUGGAGAAGCAGGAGUGCCUUUCUUCUCAUGCAGUGGCAGUGAAUUUGAGGAGAUGUUUGUUGGUGUUGGAGCCAGGAGGGUGAGAGAUCUUUUUGCCGCUGCAAAGAAGCGUUCACCUUGUAUCAUAUUUAUCGAUGAAAUAGAUGCAAUAGGGGGAAGUCGUAACCCCAAAGAUCAACAAUAUAUGAAGAUGACAUUAAAUCAGUUGCUUGUUGAGCUGGAUGGUUUCAAACAAAGUGAAGGAAUUAUUGUGAUUGCAGCUACUAACUUUCCUGAAUCGUUAGAUCAUGCAUUGGUUAGACCUGGACGAUUUGAUCGACAUGUUGCUGUUCCAAAUCCAGAUGUUGAAGGGCGCAGACAGAUUUUAGAAGUUCAUAUGUCCAAGGUGCUAAAAGGAGAUGAUGUUGACCUUAUGAUUAUUGCUCGAGGAACGCCCGGAUUUUCUGGUGCUGAUCUUGCUAAUGUUGUCAAUAUUGCUGCACUGAAGGCUGCAAUGGAUGGAGCGAAGGCAGUGAGCAUGUCUGAUCUUGAGUAUGCCAAGGAUAGAAUCUUAAUGGGUAGUGAGCGCAAAUCUGCUGUGAUCUCCGAAGAAAGUCGGAAGAUGACAGCCUACCAUGAGGGUGGUCAUGCCCUUGUUGCUAUGCACACGGAUGGUGCCCUCCCUGUUCACAAGGCUACAAUCGUCCCCCGUGGUCUCUCCCUUGGGAUGGUCACCCAACUUCCCGAGCAGGAUCAAACAAGCAUAUCCCGUAAACAAAUGCUUGCCCGUCUUGACGUUUGCAUGGGGGGUCGUGUUGCCGAGGAGCUCAUAUUUGGGGAAAAUGAGGUAACUUCCGGUGCAUCAUCUGAUCUUCAACAAGCAACAAAACUCGCUAGAUCAAUGGUAACAAAAUACGGCAUGAGCAGAGAGGUUGGGCUUGUGACUCACGACUAUGAUGAUAACGGACGGAGUAUGAGCACUGAAACGCGGCUCCUUAUUGAGAAAGAGGUCAAGUAUUUACUCGAGCGAGCAUACAACAACGCAAAAACCAUUUUGACAACUCAUAGCAAGGAGCUCCAUGCCUUGGCUGAUUCUUUGCUAAAGAGCGAGACCUUGACAGGUACUCAAAUCAAGGAGUUGCUUGCAAAAGUCAGCUCAGAACAGAAACAAGAUCAGCAACAGCAGAUUGUUAACCCUCAGGGCAGCGAACAGUCGAACCCAGUCCCACCAUCAACUCCAGGCGCUGCUGCAUCAGCAGCAGCAGCUGCCGCGGCCGCUGCUGCAAAGGCGAAAGGGGUUGCUCCUGUGGGAUCUUAGUCUUUAGAUAUUUUUGUUCUUAUAAAGAAUCAGGUUUAAAUUUAUGGGAUGAAUGUGCAUAUAUCUUGUUAUGAAUUUUCAUCAAUGGAGAUGAUGUUUUCGUAAUCAUUCGGUACGUUUCUUGCCUGCAUUUGCUGCAAGUAACCCGGUGCUAUCCCUGUAUCAUCACUCUGUGAGUUGGAAAAUCGGACUAGAGAUGUAGAAUCUUAGGGGCAUAAUCUGAACUGACAUGUUCAUGUUAUGUAUCAAUAUAAAGAUGAUUUUGAUCUUUU